AUGGCUGCUGGAGCCAGCCCUGCCGCCGACCGGAGCCAGCCCUGCCGCCGACCCGGAGCCAGCCCUGCCGCCGACCCGGAGCCAGCCCUGCCGCCGACCCGGAGCCAGCCCUGCCGCCGACCCGGAGCCAGCCCUGCCGCCGACCCGGAGCCAGCCCUGCCGCCGACCCGGAGCCAGCCCUGCCGCCGACCCGGAGCCAGCCCUGCCGCCGACCCGGAGCCAGCCCUGCCGCCGACCCGGAGCCAGCCCUGCCGCCGACCCGGAGCCAGCCCUGCUCUGGAGCCAGCCCUACUGACCGGACCAGGACCCGGAGAGGCAGAGAUGAUCUCCUGGAUCAGAGAGGAACUCCUCCUCUGA